ACCAGCCACCGGUGUUCCACGCUUCCGGUUUCACAGCACAUCAAAACCCGCCGCGCGGCUGACGUUUCGCCUUCCUUUCUCUCUCUCUCCCCCUUCCUCCUUCAUUGUCUUGUUCAUCACCACAUAUUUCCCCCAGCGCGUUUUCCAUCUCAUCAAUCUGUUACCGACGAAAUUGCAAGCUAGGAAAGUACAGGCGGGAAAAUUAAGGAGCUAGCUAGGGUUAGGGUUUGUUCGGCUCCUUCAGAAUCAUUUCUUUGGUUUCGGUUGCUCUUUCAGGAGAUUCAGCUGUGAAGAGUAACUUGACACUGAGCUGCGUGUGACAGUUUCUUCAAGCAGAAGAAAAUCAUUGGACAACAUGGACCAAGAUGUGAAAAAGAAGUUGAAGGGAUUAGAUGGAACUGCAGUGCCAGUUGGGUACGACAGUCUCAAGGAUACCGGGCACCCAGUCCUUGAGGCAUCAAAAAGUUUGGAACAAAAUAUUGAUGGUUUGACAGAUGGCAGUGAUGGCAACACUAAAGAAGACAACCACCACACUCAAAGGAACAAUGGGUCUGGAAGCAUGCGAUUUGCUGAUAAUGAUGUGAAAGUCCAUACUCAGGUCAGGCCUACAACUAAUGGGGAAGUGAAUGAGAAUUCCACAAAUGCUUCUGGUACUGGACCUCCUGCUGGUUUUUUGGGAGUAUCUCUUCGUUCCCCAUAUGAGAAAAUAGGAAUUAGCACAGCUUUUGUUGCUCCUUCCGCUGGUGCAGGGUUGCCUUUUGAUGCAAUGGUUCUGGAUGAAAGGCAGGUCAAACGAGAGAAAAGGAAGCAGGCUAACAGAGAAUCUGCAAGGAGAUCUAGGAUGAGGAAGCAGGCUGAAUAUGAGGAACUGGUGAGGACAUUUGAAUCGUUAAACACAGAGAAAAUGGCCCUUAAAUCUAAACUAGAAGAACUGAAAGGGGAUUCAGAGAAAUUGAGGCUUGAAAAUGCCACAUUAAUGGAGAAGCUGAAACAUGCACAGGUAGUGCCGAAAGGAGGGAUUGCUUCAGUCGAGAUUGAAGUAGACUUGGACCUGCCAACUGGUACUGAGAACAUACUUAGCAAUUUGGGUUCUGUAAGCAGGAAUGCUCAGCUGGAUUGUGAGGCACAUGAAAGUUCUAUGUCUGAAACCAAGCUCCAUGCUGUUGCUGCCAGAUGAUCAAGAAGCUGGUGUUAUCAGCAGCCGUACAUCACACUUGCCCCAAUUUUUCGAUUUGUGGCAGACAGGAUAUUCCUAGUUGGAAAAGGGACAAAAACAGCAGUUGCUAAUUUAUUUUUCCCUUAGCAUUCAAGUCUCUUUUUCUGCUAUGAACUGUCAUCUAUUAGAUUUUAGAUUGCCCUGUCAAUUUUGGCAGUUCUUUAGGAUAGGCUAAACAGUGCUUUCAUAUGAAUAUGAACAUUGCAAAGGAUAGGUCUGGAAGUAAGUGAUUUGUAAUUGUUAUUGCAGACUUCCUGGUUUUGUGAAAUUAUUGGAAGCCGAUAUACAAUUUGAUCUGUUCUCCUCUUAAUGAUGUAACAAGUUAGGUAUCGAUUUGAUCCUUGUUCGAUAAAUUCAACCCGGUUCAUGAA